AAUGUGGUUUCCCCGUAAUCAAUUCUCACUCUCAGUCAGCGAGGCACCACAUUAUUUCUCCUAAAAAGUGUCGUAGGGAGAGGGAACUGACACUGAAGUGUUUUGGUAAUGAAAAUGAAAUAGGCGACAGCCAAUUUAUCAUGUCACAUCUUGGAAAGUUCGUAAAAGGUUGGUUGAAUAAGGGGAACCGUCAGCAGCCGUCAACCCAAGGAGUUGCCGAAGUGGAAGGUUUGUGCUCCAUGGUCCCAAAUGAGUGCACGGAACCAAUCCAGGGAGGGGAGACCCUGAUCACUCGUGAUGGCGCGGCUGGCUUUUGGGAGAAGCACAUGUCGGUUUCACAAUUCCUUGAGAAAGGAUCCAGCACGUCCCAUGGAAGAGAGAAUGGCCUCUCGAUUGUCGGUUUGCUAGAGGCCGAUGAAAGACCAUAUUCUUCGUUUGAGCCACCACAUCCAGUUCCAAAUAUAAGUCUGAACAAGUGGCGCAACGGAUCACGGAAGGAAGAUAAGGUUAAAUAUAUGAAUGACACGAACGACAGGGCAGGGUCGAAUCAGGGCCAUUAUUGGGACACAAAGGGAGCUGACCUACCUGGAGGGGGAAUAACCGGAUCUGAAAGAAAAAGGGAAGCGUCAGCUUAUGUUCUUACUUUCAAUAUAUGCAGAUCCCGCUGGCGAGUUUCAUCCAAUGCCAAGAUGAUACCAGCUCUCUCCCCAGUCCUCUCUACUCUUCGCCUCCGGAGGACCACGCCCGGCGGAAGUAUCAGGACAGGAGAUGGCUUUGAGCGCGAUGAUGAUACCCCUCAGCCAGGCAACGCUAGUCGCCACCAACUACAGCGCCUUCGCAUCCCUUGCGGCGGAGUAGAUCAGGAAACCCGGGCAAGCGGAGGCAGUCCGUCGGAGUACGACCGUCUCGAUGAGUGGAUGGCAAUCGACGAAAAGCAGCAGCUAAAUGCGCCGACUAUUGAGCUGCGUACCAGAGAGAAUGCCACUAGAAGACGGUGGAGAGAUAAAAAGGAUAGAAUAUGUGCGAUGAUACCCGGCUGGGGGUUAUUGAGAGGACCAGGAUUGGCAUUCCUGAUGACUGCUAAAGCGCUUUUCACUCCGUUCUCGCGAGAGCUACAGGACCCUCGCUAUGAUCCAUUCUGGCCUAUAGCCAGAACUCGCAGAGAUGGAUGGGUCGUUCCGAUUUGGUGGCUUUUGAGGGGUCAGCUUCAACCAUCUGCCAUGAAAAGUGGAAUUAGCGGGUUCAAAGCAAAGUAUACAUUUUGA